AAAAUGCAAACUACUUAAAACCCAUCUCUUCUGUAAAUAAUUGACAGACAACAAAUAUACGAUCCUUCUCUGUUUCUAUCAACAGGUAGUGGUCUAGCUUUUAUUGAAACCAGUAACUUUUUAUUGGCACUUAUUGUAUUAUUGCUCCUGUAUGACCCUUAUAUCGCUUAUUGUUCCCUAAACUCUUCGCUUUGGAUAAAAGUGUCUGCUUAAUGACUAAACAUAAUGUAAAUGUAAUUGUUCCAUAGUGAGGUGUGAUAUGAUGUAACAUGACUUCCAGUAUAUCAGCUCAUUUUGCACUGAAAUUACAGAUCUACUUUUAUACUAGAAACAAUAUAUAUUUAUAGAUUAUGUACAGUUUUGAAUAUAUACCAAAAAGUAAAGAGUUUCUUUUAAACGGACAGCACAGUGAAUCUAGUGAUACGGGUGUGUUGUAGCCUACAGGAAGUUUAUUGCUCUUAUCUAUAGAAAGUACAAAGGGUAAAAUAUCUUCCCCUCGCUCAUUAUAAUUUUCAUUCAAUCGUUCAUCUUCACCAGUGUUCUCAAGACUGCGUGAUUCACCAUGAGGGAUCUUGGCAUUAUUUUAUUCAUUUUUGCUCUGUAUCAGAAUAUUCUGGCCCAAAAUGGAAAACCGGAUAUCUGCAGCAUGGCGCCUGAAAAAGAUGAUGGAACAGCAACUGAUGUUAAGAUUUACAUGUUCUAUGAUCAGAAGGAAGACAACUGUUACCCGUUCCGAUACAGUGGAAAUGGUGGCGUGGGAAACCACUUUACAAAUGAGAGAGACUGCAUGAGAAACUGUUCUAACAAAGCUGCAGAGCUGUUCCCAGAGGACAGAACUCAGGCUUGCGCGCUUCCAUUAAAAAUAGGGCUAUGUACUGGCGGCUACCUCAGAUAUUACUACAGCCCUGACCAUCACACAUGUAAGACGUUUUAUUGGACUGGCUGUGUGGGCAAUGGAAACCGUUUCCUUUCAUUUAACGACUGCAAUGCUACGUGUUACAAAGCAACAGAUGCAGGUCUUGAGGAUCAUUCUGAUGAAACAGAUGUACCAGUCGGGAUUAUCUUGGGUGUUGUUCUGGGCCUCAUAGGUGCAAUUAUUCUCAUUGUGGUGAUUGUUUUUGCUGUCAAGAAGAAGCCUAGUUCAAAAAAACGUGAGAAAAAGGAUAAAGGCAAGUCAGAACAGCCUUUAAAAGAAGACAAAGUUGAGAUGGCCGGAGUAGACGCACAGUCAAGUUCAGCGCCAUAGUAGAUCAUUCUCAUCAUUAGUGAAACAUUAAUUCAUCAUCUUUAUAGGAUUUUUUUUCACUACGUUUCAUAUUUUAACAAAUUUUACACCACAAAUGUACAAAAAACAUCACUAAGUGACAUCGUCACUUACCACAUACUUUUUGUUAAAAUGUUAACUGUGUACAGGGAAUGAUGAGGCUCAUUGACUGUCACUUGUACUUUAUGCUUUUAUCUGCUGUAUUUUGAUUUGAUGUAACAUUUGUUUUUAUACUGUGUGUCCUGGAAGCUGACGUUUCACAAUAAAGAACUAAAGUAGA